GCUGCGGCCGGUGAGCUACGCACCAUGUCUCGCGCGCUCGCCCUCUUGCUACUACUCGCCACGAUCGCCGCGUGCGUAGAAGAAGAUUGCAUAGACUGGGAGGGCAAGACUGUACCUCACGGAUUGCUGUACGUGCCCGGGCCCGGCGUGUGCUCCAUCUGUGUGUGCUACCACUCCGAACCCAUGUGGUGCAAAGCUAUUUACUGCGAUCCGCCUUAUUUCUGCAAAAACUUCCGUGUUGGUGAGCGCUGUUGCGAAUUCGAGUGCCUGGACCCGCCUGGAGAAGACAAGAGGUAUCGUGAACGUCAGCGUCUUCGAGCCCUCAUCCUCGCUGGCAACUCAUCAGCUCCCUACACGAGACCCUCUCUCCAGAUGAAAGCUGGUUUCUCAUUGAUAGCGAUGGCUAUCGCAAGAUUCGUCUGAAGGACACAAUGACGAUUUUUUUUGUGCAUUGGUGAUGGAUUAAAGAUCGUGGUCUCUUGAUCUUUAGUCAGUCUGUCACAAAUAACUGUCACAUGUCUGUGUAUACUCGGAUUACGAUAUUAUCAGCAAGACAGGUUGCCAAGUUUAGGUAUAUCAGUGAAAGCAUUAUGUCUCAAAACUUUGCAUAACUUCCAACAACUUCACCUGAAAUCUAAAAGGUACGCCACGUCAUUCAAAAUGACGCCUCUAGCGGAGGGAAAUAUUUAUUCGUAAUAUUCUGUGAUUACAAAAUGACACUUAAAGAUAAGACGGUACGUUUUUAUAUGUGUCCAAUAAUAAUAAAAUUCAAUUUAAAAACUUAAUAAAAUUUCUUGCUGCAGUUUCCUCUUAA